CGACAUCUCCUGAGCAAUGUGAUGGCCUAAUUGACGUCAACAUCAAUCCUCGUACAGCUGUCUGGCACGCUGUUUCUUCUCCUUCCCCCCUUCUCUGUUCGUGACUACGAGUGAGCGCUGCUGUGGUUUAGAGCUCGUUCCGAGUGACAAUUCAAUUGUACACGCUGCCGAGCGAGAGUGCAAGAGAGUGCAAGAGAGAGAGAGAGAGAGAGAGAGAGAGAGAGAGAGAGAGAGAGACGGAGAUCUGGCGAUCUUGGGAGCAACCUGGCGCGCGCGAGGGAGAGAAGGUUAUGUGACCAAACUAUUUGGAGUAGCUGGUAUGAUGAGGCAGCGUGAUCCUUAGGGAGAAUAGGGAGAACGACCGUCACAUGUUCUGCUUGAAUCAAGGCGGCGCGGGAGAACGAUGGGGAUCGCGUUUCUCGAGUUCAAUGGGCGGGUGAGGAGGGAAACGAAAACCUUCUUCUCUCGCUGUUCUUCUUGUUGAAGUCAACCGAAGAUCCGUUUUUCAGCUUCUAAUUGAACGGAGAAUGAAGCGAGGCUGUCCUCGGCCUUGGUAUAAUACGUUUACGAAUUUUAAUGGUUCCGUGAACAGGCACUUCUGUUUUUGAGGAUCAUGGAAAGAUAGAGUUGUAGAUAUAUAUAUUUAUGGGCAGCAUGUUGAUUGUGAAAGGGCGCGCGCUUUUAGAUUGUUAAAGGUUGGCUGUGCUGCUAGCCUAAUUUUGUGCCCCGCAGCUUUUUUUGGGCUUUUCAGUAGAUCGUGAGUAAGGGACGGACGCAUUGUUUUGAUCGGCGCACAUCGGUCACGUACAUCCUCCUCGUAAUUCCGCCCGUCGUCGAGCGCUCUAUCUGUAUAUGUAUCUAUAAGCACUUUGUCAAUCAGCCUAACUCGAUUCUCCAUCGGUCACCCACAGCGAGGUUUGAGUCUGGCUGAUUGACAAAAGUUUUUGGGAAAAUCGAGUUCUGAAUGAAUCUACGCUCUCGGUGCACAGGCUGUAAGUCCGGCAUAGAGCAAAGCCACUUUAUGUACCUGACAGAUUGACAAAGUGUUCCUCGUUCUGCAUGCACUAGGGAUCCAAACGCACCGAUUCUCCCUUUCUCUCUCCCCCAUUCCCUCUCUGCCCAUUUUUCUCUUCCUCUCUUCCUCAAUUGGUGUCGCUGGCUGUCCUGCUCGCUUGUUCUCGCUCUGUCCGCUACAGUUCCCUCGAGGGACAGGCCAGGGUUCCCCAAACAAAGCAGUUGGGAAGGGAAGAGCUUGUCUCGGUGUUUCUUGUCCCGGUGUUUCUUGUCUCGGUGUUUCUUAUCCCGGUGUUUCUUGCCCGUUUUCUGCUCCCUUGUUGUGUUUGUUUGUCUUUUCUUGCCCGUUUUCUGGUUUCCUGGUUGUGUUUUGUUUGUCCUUCAACUCGUUUCAAACGUCCCGGUGGCUGCGGCGAGACGGUAACUCGAGUGUCUUUUUCUGGAUCUGCAGCCUGACCUUUCCCUCUCUUAGUUUCUCCUAGGCACCCGGAGAGAGAGAGAGAGAGAGAGAGAGAGAGAGAGAGAGAGAGAGAGAGAGAGAGAGAUUGGGUGUAGCUGUGGAGGGUGGGGUGGAUGCUGUUAGGGUGUAGGGCAAGGGGGGUUGGGCACAAGCAAGGGAAAGUGAUUGGUAGUCUAUCUACACUAAAUUACACUCGAUUACUCCCCGUCUGCUAGAGAGAUUGCAUGAUGUCGCCAGUUCCGGCGCCGACGUCGGUUAUACCUCAGAGGAGGUGGGCGGCGUGGAUUAUUUUCAUUUUGGUACUUGCUGGAUAUGGCGCGUACUGUGCGUUCGUGGUGUUGAAAGCCGUAGAGGGUAGACGUCACCCACCUUCUCACACCGUCAUGAAAAACGAAUCCCAAACUCUCCCAGAUGUUUAUUUCUGUCUACCGUUUCAGCCAGCCAUUUCUUCGGUUCAUACGGGGUGUUUUGUGCAGCCAUCAGCUGUGAUUGGCGCGCCGGCUGACGCAGCAAGGACUGGUACAGUGCAAAACGCAUUCCAAUGGGGUCCGGCAGCAGCUUUUCAAAAUCUUUCCUUUUCAGGAAACUGCACGGUUUCCUAUUCUCCAUCUCCAGUAGCAGGGAGCGAUACGGCUGCAGGCUGUUUCAGGUACCAGACUUACGGCAUGAUCGGGAAGAGGGGAGGAGGAACGCAACCUGCUGUCGACCUGGUGCUGUCUUUCAACGGGGGAACAACGACUAGUCUUCUUCGGUCCGAGAUGUGCCGUGUCUUUCUUGUUUACCAGCCCUUUCUAAGUGUCAACGCCUCCGCUUCCGGCGCCGUCUCCACUGGUGGGGCAACAGGGGGUGGCACGUCGGAUUCUUCUACCACUUCCCCCUCCUCGCCAGACUUGCAGCCGUCGAAUUCGUCGGCGCCGCCGUCGUCUCAACUUGUUCCAAGCGCUACGCCUUCAGCCCCUGCUACGGAGCCUGAAGCAGCACCUAGCACCCAAGCGCCUGCAUCCCGAUCCCGACGAAACUCCACACUGAGCGGUGGCAAUCGACGGCGGCGGGUGUUGCUCUCACUCGGCGGGCGGAAGGGGAAGAAGGACCAACAGCAGGAGGAAGAGGGGGAGGAGGGGGAGGAAGGGAAGAACGGAGAGGAGGUAGAGAUGACGCAAGAACGCGCUGACAUCGCUCGAUUUCGGCAGAGCGCCGCCGCCUUGCCGAUCUCGAGACGAAUGGACGGGGAUAUCUCCCGCUCUCAACGGCUCCUCGAGUCGCCGCCACGUGUCCUCCUGCAAAUGCCUAAUCCUCCUCCUACGUAUGCAACGAAUGUCAGCAGCACUUCGCCUAUCGCUGAUGACCGAUCGAUUACCGUGCACAGGGUUGAGGACUUGCAAGUCGUUGGUUCUUUCUUUGUACCUUUAAACAUGUCUUCCGCGUACAGCAUGUCUCUUUCCAAGUACAAAGAUCGCAAGAAGAGAGUCACGUUCAGCAUCUCGGGCACCCUAAGUUCGGCUCCGCUGAAGACGGGAGUCGAUUACUCAGUGAGGCCUCAGGGCCAGUCGAACGCAAUAGUUCUGAGCCUCGCGAUCGAGGACAAAGGGGUGAUAUAUACGAAGGAGGAGGAUCCGCUGCAGGUAUUAACGAUAUUGGGUCUGUGGGGAGGGUUUUGGCAAUUCGCUCUCUUGGUGCUAGGUUUGUGCUUCGUGUCGACCGAGCGUCAGGCACCUCAUCUUACGGUCCUGGACCCGAAGAUGCUGAUGGAGGGAAUCUGCCCCGCGUGUUUUACAGAAUGGAUCAGAAGCUUAUGUAUGAGAAAGAGGGGUAGGUCGAAGUAUAAUAGCAAUCUCUGGGAAGACGAUGCGCCGCGAUAACUGCAGAAUCCAGCCUAAGCAUAUACGCCUUGCCUGUCGCGCUGCAUAAUGUCUGGCGGAUGGGUCGGGAGAAGGCAGGGAGAGGAAGGGAGAGGCAUGAGGGAGGGAGGGAGAGCCAUGAAGGGGGGGAGCGAGGGAGGUGGUAGCGAGAAGCAGUCGGAUUUAGAAGAGAAAGAAGAAGAGCUGAGAGGGAGGUGGUGGAAGGGAGAGGAUAGUAGAGAGAAACGGAGA